GGACUUGAUCGGAUAAAGAGAGUCUUUGAUCAUCUUUCAGUUCGAUUUUUUUGACAAUAGUUUGUUCCAAUUCGAGGUUUUGGUUUGAUUCUUGUACUAAUAAUUUGCAACAAACAAUGGUUCCCGACAACGAAAAUUUCGCUCUCUCCGGCCCAUCAUUUUUGGCUGCCGUUGAUUGGAACAAUUCGAAUCACAAAAGAUGGGUAGCUGCAAGCCUAAUCCAAGGCGUCUACGUGUUAGAAAGCGACCGGCGGAAUGGCUGCGGCGGCAGCCCUCUCGCCCUAGCUCCCCCAUGGUGGGAGAGUUUCGGCUUUGACCUGCACGAGGUGUUGACCAAUGACCGAGGCCAGUACUUUGCCGCCGUCUAUGUGUUCAACUCCACCUUCUGCGUCGGUCAGCGCCCCCCACAAUACGUUGUCGCGUUCCGCGGCAAGAUCGCCAAAUUCAACGGUGGCGGCGCCGGCAAGGUGGAGGAUCUCGUGACCACCUUGAGUUGCAUGGUCAAGAAUCCCAAGGCCAGCAAAAGCUUCAAACUUGGUCAAAAAGCUUCUGCUGAUGUCAUCUCCAGGGUGGGCCCUGGAAAUGUCUGGCUGGCGGGACACUCCAACGGAGCGUCCCUAACUUUAUUAAUAGGAAGAAACAUGGUAAAGAGCCACUCGGCCCAUCUCGAGACCUAUCUCUUCAAUCCCCCCUUCGCCUCACCCCCGAUUGAGCGAAUCAAGAGCGAGAAGGUGAAGAGAAGGUUGAGGGUGGCCAGCAGUGUCUUCACUGCUGGCCUGGCUGUGGCCGUCAAGGUGGCCACAGGGCCCAAGACCCAGGACGACGAGGCAUUUACUAUGCUCUCGUCGUGGGUCCCCAACCUUUUUGUCAGCUCGUCUGACAUGAUAUGCUCGGAAUAUAUUGGAUAUUUUGAAAAUCGGGAAACGAUGGAGGCGAUCGGGGCGAGGAAGAUUGAGAUGAUGGCUAUGACGCACUCGAUCCGAAGCAUCGUGGCGAGUUCUCGGGGAAGAAUGGAUUCAGAGCCGGUGCAUCUUCUUCCAUCGGCGUUUCUGACGAUCAACACCGGCGCUCUUCCGAAUUUCAAGGAGGCUCAUGGGAUCCAUCAAUGGUGGAACCCGAAUUUGGAGUUGAAAUACAAAUCGUACAAUUAUAAUUAAAGUAAUGCUACUUUGAUAAUGGUUUAGGACUUUAGGUUCAAUAUCUUAAGGAUUGCAUUAAUUUGCUUUAGUUUGCUUUGAUGUACAAUGUAAGUCUUAAGGGUCGUUUAUAGCCUUAUAUACCUCGUUUGCUUUAA